AUGAGGGAGUCUACAGGAGAGGAGAGUAAGGAGUCUACAGGAGAGGAGAGUAAGGAGUCUACAGGAGAGGAGAGGAGGGAGUCUACAGGAGAGGAGAGGAAGGAGUCCGAGCCGUCAGAAGAGUCUAAAGAAUUCAGCGAUGAACCUGAGGAAGGGAGGGGGGUGAAAGAGAAGACAGAGAAGGAUACAGAGACAGAAAAGACAGAGAAGGAUUCAGAGAAAGAGAAGACAGAGCAGGAUACAGAGAAAGAGAAGACAGAGAAGGAUACAGAGACAGAAAAGACAGAGAAGGAUUCAGAGAAAGAGAAGACAGAGAAGGAUACAGAGAAAGAGAAGACUGAAGGACGGUCUGUGAUAAAGCAACCGGAAUCUUCAGAACCUUCUGAGACUCUAGAACCCUCAGAACCUAAGGGACCUCAGAAGCCUCCCUCCAGUGCGGAGGUGGCAUUUGAUGCGUUCAAGGCCUUUUUUGUCCCCAGGCCCCUGAGGAGGGACCAGGAUGCAGUGAAGAGGAAGGCCUGGAUCUUUGAGAGAAACUUCAAGACUCCUGAAAAGAUAACUGAUUCAAAAUUGCGGGCGUCGACCCCAGGUGAUGGAGAGGACCGGUCCACCCCAGGCCGUCUGCAGGCCAUCUGGCCCCCAACUAAGGAGGAGAAAGUGGGACUGAAAUACACAGAAGCCGAACACCAGGCAGCCCUCCUGCAGCUGAAGAGAGAAUGCAAUGAGGAGAUGGAGAAGAUACAGGAGGACUUUUGGAAGCAGCUGCGCCAGAUGAGAGGGGACAAUGAGGAGCGUGUAUUCCAUCUGGAGUGCAACCUUGCCCGGCUACAGAGCGACCUAGCACUGGGUGCCCACCACCGCCGUGGAGACCUCCGAGACGUGGCCGUAUCCACGGGAGAUGACCUCUCACCCCGGACCGUCCACACAGUGUGCGUCCAGACGGACCGCCAGACCUUUAUCAGAACCCCUGAGGAUGAGGAGGGAGGUGUCAGGCUGGGCCCCCAACCGCCCCUCAACGUGCCUAAGAGACUGGGCCUGGCUUCUAUCAGUCUAAAUCUGUCUGGACAGGCUACCUCUCCCUCUUCUCCCUCUUCUUCCCCCCUUCUUCUCCCUCUUCCUCCUCCACCUCCUCCUCCUCCUUUCCCAAAACAGACCCAGGGACUUGACAGCCCUCCUCCAACCUCUCCACCAGGCUGCAGCCCUCCACCCCCUCCACCUCCUCCACCGCCACCAGGCUGUGUUCCCCCUCCCCCUCCAGGAGGUCCUAACUACAGUGUGUUGGUGGAUAAACCCCACAGGAAGCCUGCUGUGGAACCAGCCUGUCCCAUGAAGCCUCUCUACUGGACCAGGAUACAGAUACAGGACAAUAAGGACACACUGUGGAACUCUCUUGUGGAACCAGACAUCAUCAACACCACAGAGUUUGAAGAUCUGUUCUCCAAGACCACCUUACAGACCAAGAAAAAACCUCUGUCAGAGGCCUAUGAGAAGAAAGCCAAGGCCAGGAAGGUCAUCAAGCUGCUGGAUGGGAAGCGUUCCCAGGCCGUAGGGAUACUCAUCUCUAGUCUGCACCUGGAGAUGAAUGACAUACAGCAAGCUGUGCUGACGGUGGACAACUCCGUAGUGGACCUGGAAACCAUCCAGGCUUUAUACGAAAACAGAGCCCAGCCCGAUGAGCUGGAGCUGAUAAAGAGACACUACCACACUUCAGAGGACGAACUGGUCAAGUUGCUGGACAAACCUGAACAGUUCCUUUAUGAGUUAUCUCAGAUACCAGACUUCCCAGGCAGAGCUUCAUGUAUCAUCUUCCAGUCUGUCUUCCUAGACGCCAUCGCCUCCGUACAGCGGAAGGUUGACAUCGUCUCUCGCGUCUGCAAGGAUCUGUUGGAGACCUCCAGUGUGAGGGAAGUAAUGGGUCUAGUUCUAGCUCUGGGGAACCACAUGAAUGGGGGCAACAGGACCAGAGGACAGGCUGACGGCUUCGGACUGGAGAUCCUUCCCAAACUAAAAGACGUCAAAAGCAGGGACAAUCGAAUCAGUCUGAUCGACUACGUGGUAUCAUACUAUCUCCGCAACCUGGAUGAGAACGCUGGGACAGAGAAAUGUGUCUUCCCUCUCCCCGAGCCACAGGAUGUGUUCCUGUCAGCCCAGGUCAAGUUUGAAGACAUCACCAAGGAGCUGAGGCAGCUGAGACGGGACCUGACAGUGUGUGAGAAAGGUGUUCAGAAGGUAUGUUCCAGCUCUCCAGAAGAACACCUCCAGCCGUUUAAGGACAAGAUGGAGGCGUUCAUUCUGAUUGCGCAUAAAGAACAAGAUGAAGUGCAUGCCCAGUUGAUGUUUGCACAAAAAAGCUUCCACAAGCUGGUGACGUUCUUAGGGCUGAAGCCCAAGACAGGAGAGACCGAGGUGGCGACAGGUCACUUCUUUAUGCUGUGGUUUGAGUUCUGUACCGACUUCAUGACCAGGUGGAGGAGAGAGAACAAGAAUAUCUCCAAAGAGAGACUGAAAGAGGCUCAGCUGUCGGUGAAGAAGAUUACAGCAGACAAGAAGGUGGAGACUAGGAAGAUCAACCCUAACAGUCUGAAAGAGAGACUGCGUCAGAAAGAAGCAAACAUGGUGGCCACAAGCUGAGAGACCGAACAGGACAGAGAAGAGAUUAAUGAGAAGAGUUGAUGUGUGAAGGACUGGGGACUUCUCCCACCUUCUCCCGUCACCGCCCUUCAGCCACCCACACAGGACUGGGAACUUCUCCCACCACCGCCCCUUAGCCACCCACACAGGACUGGGGACUUCUCCCACCACCGCCCCUUAGCCACCCACACAGGACUGGGGACUUCUCCCACCACCGCCCCUUAGCCACCCACACAGGACUGGGGACUUCUCCCACCACCGCCCCUUAGCCACCCACACAGGACUGGGGACUUCUCCCACCACCGCCCCUUAGCCACCCACACAGGACUGGGGACUUCUCCCACCACCGCCCUUCAGCCACCCACACAGGACUGGGGACUUCUCCCACCACCGCCCCUUAGCCACCCACACAGGACUGGGGACUUCUCCCACCACCGCCCCUUAGCCACCCACACAGGACUGGGGACUUCUCCCACCACCGCCCCUUAGCCACCCACACAGGACUGGGGACUUCUCCCACCACCGCCCCUUAGCCACCCACACAGGACUGGGGACUUCUCCCACCACCGCCCCUUAGCCACCCACACAGGACUGGGGACUUCUCCCACCACCGCCCCUUAGCCACCCACACAGGACUGGGGACUUCUCCCACCACCGCCCCUUAGCCACCCACACAGGGGGGUGAUCAGGAUCAUACUAGUCUCUGAUCCUGCCCACCCUGUUAUGGACCAAGCCUGGAACACUGUACUGGAUGCCCUUUGACCCUGCCCUCGCUGGACACUAGAGGAAACCCAAUGGUUCGGAGGUCACAAAGUUGCAGAUGCAUUCACUGACCAACAGGAUGAUAAAUAUUUAAGUUCAUUUUGAUUUUUUGAUUGUGCACCUCAUCCUAGCACUGCUCUGUUAAAAAAACAUUUAUAAAAAAAAGGCUGAUAACUGGACAAAUUAAUAAGACGAUGUAUCAUGGUAAACUUCCUAUGAAAUAUAGAUUUGAUCAUGUAGAUUUGAAAUUCAGUUGUCUGUUUUCUGAUAUUAAAUAUCAGAAGUUGUUUGUGUUUUAUAAUACAUUUAAGUUUAUAAUCUUACAUUUCCACUGUCAAUCAUUAAUAUAUAUCAUCUAUGUAUUGUA